CAGAGGAGCUGACAGGGAUGAACAGCAGCUUCUUCCUCCUGAAGCUAUGAGUUACCCUGGAGUUCAGACACUUUGAAAACAUCAUGUGGGACAACACAGGAGGAUGAGCGGACAUCUGCAUCUUCCCAGCGUCACAGGAACUAAAAGAGCAACAGUCUUCAUGAUGAACUGUGCUGUGAUUCUUCUAAUAACAUCAAGCUGCUUCACCUGGUCUUCAGCUCUAUACAGCCCGCACAGAGCAGCAGCGUCCAAGAAGCUCAAGUACCUCCUCGAGCCGCCUGUGUACGCCGAGGUCGUCGCCCAAAGGGGAGAAAACGUCACCUUGCCAUGUAUCCUGAGAACCAAACCCAGCCAUUACAAAGUGAAAUGGACAAAGCUGGAGCCAGAACACAUGGGGCAAGAGAACAUUAUCAUGAUAUCAAACGCACAUGCCCACAAGCCAUACGGCCAUCUCGGCCCGCGGGCUUCUCUCCGGAAGGCUCACACCAUGGACGCCUCCCUGCAGCUCAGCCGCCUUGAGCUGGAAGAUGGCGGCACGUAUCGCUGUGAGCUUGUCAACGGCAUCGAGGACGAAAGUGUCGUCAUUACUUUGAGGAUUGAAGGUGUGGUGUUCCCAUAUCAGAGCAAAAGUGGCCGCUACAGAUUCACCUUCCGUGAGGCUAAGGAGGCUUGUGCCGAGCAAGAUGGCACAUUAGCUUCCUACAACCAGCUGUACAGAGCAUGGACGGAGGGUCUGGACUGGUGUAAUGCCGGUUGGCUCAGCGAUGGGACCGUUCACUACCCCAUCAUUCAUCCUCGUCCUGCCUGUGGAGGGGAGCUGCAACCCGGCAUUCGCACUUAUGGACCAAAAGAUAAAAAUAUUGAUCGCUUAGAUGCCUUCUGCUUCACCUCCCAGACAUCUGGCUCUGUCUACUACCUGUCAGGGUCUUUCUCCUUCGAGCAGGCAGGACACGCGUGUCAACGUCAGGGAGCUGAGCUAGCGUUGGUCGGCCAGCUUUACUCGGCCUGGCAUUUCAAAAAGUACGACCAGUGUGACGGCGGAUGGCUGAGAGACGGCAGUGUACGGUUUCCCAUCAGCAACCCCAGGGAGCACUGUGGCGGCAUCCCUGAAGCGGGGGUGCGCUCAUUUGGAUUCCCCAAAAAGACGACGCAUCUGUAUGGUGCCUAUUGCUACAGGUAGUCCUAAACAAAAACAACUUACGUGAGUGUCUCAACAGAGCUGAGAGUCGGAGCAAAACGCCUGAGUGGCCCAGAAUCCACUGCACAGUAUUCACAGCUUGAUCCACCAACGGAUAGUCCUGAACAAGAAACCUCCCAUCUGAAGCCGCAGGCAAUUACUGACAGUAGAAUUAUAGGGUUAUAUUUGAAAUCAAAUAUCUUUAAAUUAGUCACAUAAUUUAGACUAAUUUCUAAAACAAAGACCCCAUUUCUAUCUGACUUGGUAGAUGCAUAGAAUAUAUAGGACUAAAACAUGGGGUUGAUUUUGGCUUAUUUCAUAUGAGACAACAACAAAUUUACAUCAAACUGAGAUAUAGAGACAAGCGACACAUCUCUACUUAUGCCCACUGUACAAAAGUAAAGCCAAAAUAUCCUGGAUACAGCUGCUGACAUUUUGCGCUAGUCAUUUGGAGCUAGAGUCUGAGCAGGAGCAGUCUGCUUCUACAGUAGGACCCAACUUGGAAGGACCUUACCUAUCAAGGAAUCAUCCUUGACUUUGAGAAGUAUCAAGACUCUGUGCAGUAGCAAUCUGCUCCCACCCAUAAAUCCGUCCAACCAAUUGUGAGCAGCACCACUGAUCACGAGCACAAUGAUUGGUAUGUGUAGCUGUCCGUCAUGACGUCAAACCCUCUUUUUAUUGCAUCAAAUUACUAAUUAAAGCCAAACUAAAAUGACAGGAACCAUCUUUGGGAAAAAUAUAUUUAUCCUGCACUCUGAGGGCCGAAUUCACAAAGAAUGAACUGC